AUGGCUGCCUCAGGAAGUGGUGGGCCAAAACCUGGAGGAGGCGAGGCCCUCGUCAGCUUCGUGACUAAGCUGCCCGAUGCUUUCCAGGUGCCGGAAGAGGAGCUGGUUGUGCCAUCAAACCUGGAGCGAUAUGGGCUGUCAGAGGUUGUGAACAGGCUCCUGGCGCGCGAGAAGUCGGGCUUCCAAGGAGCAUCUCUCUCCAUGAAGUGCGCUGUGUGCAAUGUGGGCACCCGGGGCGAUCUGCAGCCGCUGAUUGCGUUGGCGCUGGGCCUCCAGAAGAAAGGUUGGGAGGUCGUCAUCAUCUCCGAAGAGCGCAUCAGAUCGCUGGUGGUCGACGAAUUUGGCCUUGAGUUUCGAACCAUUGCUGGCGACUCCACCGGCAUCAUCUUCGAGCAGGAGUAUGCAGAGAUGCUGGCCAAAGGCAAGCUGAUGGCUAUGAUGCAAGAGACGCAGAAGCGGAAGGCCACCUGGUACGAGCAAUUCCUGACAGAUCUCGUGGAGCACACGAAGGAUGUUCAGAUGAUGAUCUCCGGUCCUUUGGUCUACAGUGAGACAUACUGUGUUGCAGAAAAGCUUGGCAUCCCAUGGAUACCGGUACUGUAUGGGCCACUUUACCCUACUGCCGAGUUCCCCAACCCCUUCGUCAUGGAGUCGAAUUGGUUUAGCUGGCUGAACCUCUUCACGUACAACUUUUUGUACUGGGCUCUUUGGAUGCAGGAGGGCAGCCAGAUCAACCGCUUCCGAGAGAAGUUGGGCCUGCCUGCGUUGCAAGUCCGGCGUGGCAUGAUGAGCAUGAUCGAGGAGAAGAAGCUCCUGGUCUUGGGCGCCUUCCACGAGGUGUCAAUCCCACAUCCAGCCGCCCCCGCAGACUGGCCGGAGUCCUUCUUCUUUUCAAACUUUUUCUUCGUCCCCAGCACGCCGGCUGCCGCGGUGCCCGGCCCGCUGUCAUCCUUCCUCGAAGAAGUCGGCUCCAGGCCUGUUGUUUACCUUGGCCUGGGCUCCAUGCCUGCUCCCAGGCCCCAAGACCUGGUCAACUUGGCAGAAACCAUCGUCGAGAAGUUAGAGGUCGCUGCGGUGCUGUGUGCCGGCUGGUCUGACAUCUCUUUCAAGUCGAAGGAGGCUGAGCGGCGCAUCCUUGUUGUCAAGUCGGCGCCUCAUGACUUCCUGCUGCCCCGCUGCCGCGUGCUCCUGCACCAUGCGGGCGCCGGCACCUGUGCUGCGGCGCUCCGAGCGGGCGUGCCCAGCGUGUGUCUGCCAGUGAUGCUGGACCAGCCCACCAACGCCAAGCACCUGAACCGCUUGGGCGUGGCCACACCGCCGAUCCUGUUUCAGGACGUUCCAACCUCCGUCGACCGCGUAGUGGAGCAGGUGAAGACUGCGCUGGAGUCGUCGGAGAUGCGCACAAAGGCGGAGGCAAUUGCAGGCCGCGUCCGCCAGAGUGACGGCGUGUCGGCUGCGCUGGAACGCAUUUUCCAGGCUUAUCCAGAGGUCGGUUUUGUAUCCGGCAGCGGUGUCGAGGGCUUGCGGUUUCCUGUGCAGAAUUGUCGCGAGCUCGGAGGGAAGAAGGCAAAAGGGGCGCACGACCUGCCUGCCAGGCCCGUUCCUUUCGACUUCCUGGUGGAGGGCGAGUUCCUGCGCUCCAGUAUCUCGGGGUAUCUGGAGGCGCAUAAGCUUUCCUCCGAGAAAGUGCUGAAACUGGAGUUUGUGCGUGAAGCCAAGAGCUCGCACUGCGAGAACCAGAGCAAUCGACGGUCGAUGAGGCUCGAAGCGUGA